GAUUAUCCACAAACGUGACCCGCCGCUGAAUGAUGUUGCGCUGCAGCUGGAUGACUGUGUGAUAAACAGAGCCGUCAGUGUGUUCAUUUUCAUACGUUUCUUAUUUCUGCUUAAACGGCCGGAGAAGAAAAUCGUUUUCCUUAUGAAGUAUGGCCACAGUCAAAAAGGACGACCGACUGACAACUUCUCAAAGUUUACUGUGCGUCGGUUUUGCCGGGGUUUUUAGCAAAACUGUAACGUCACCCCUGGAAGUUGUGAAGAUUUUGAGUCAAAUAGGAACAUUUCACUGCAAACGCGGCUUCCUGCACAGCUUUGUUUUUAUUUGUCAGAACGAGGUGCUUCGAGCAUUUUGGAAGGGUAACAUGGUUUCCUGUCUACGGUUGUUCCCCUACAGUGCCAUACAUUUAGCAACUUACAAAAAUAUUGUCCACCUUCACAUUGAUGAACAGGGUGAUAUCUCGCAAUGGAGAGCCAUAGUAGCCGGUGGGCUGGCAGGCAUAUCUGCCGCUCUAGCAACAUAUCCACUGGAGGUGGUUGAAACCAGACUUAUUGCUCAGAAUUGCCAAGAACCAACGUACAGAGGGUUGCUGCAUUCUCUUUCCAUCAUCUACAGAAAUGAAGGACUUCAGGCUCUCUACAGAGGCUUUUCACUCACAGUGUUAGUUGCCGUUCCCUUCUCUGUUGGCUGCUAUGCGGUGUAUGUCAAUUUGGAUAAGCUGUGGCAGGAGCGUCAUGUUCGCUUCACAUCUUUGCAGAACUUCAUCAAUGGCUGUCUUGCAGCAGGAGUCGCUCAGACUCUCUCCUUCCCCUUUGAAACUGUUAAAAAGAAGAUGCAGGCCCAGAGUCUUCUUUUGCCCCACUGUGGAGGAGUUGAUGUCCAUUUUAAUGGAAUGAUUGACUGCUUCAGACAGGUCAUAAAGAACAAGAGCGUCUUGGCUCUUUGGAGUGGCCUUACAGCCAACAUGGUGAAGAUUGUCCCAUAUUUCGGCCUGCUUUUCAGUUGCUUUGAGAUGUGUAAGCAAGUGUGCCUUUACCGGAAUGGCUACAUCAUUUCUCCACUAAGCUACAAGCCUAAACCAGGUGUGGACCAGAGCCUGGGCCCAUAUGAACUACAGGAGUUUAAGCGCUACCUGAAAAACAGAAAAUCACACAAAGCACAGAGUUCAUCCAUAGGAAACCGCUGGUAACCAAUCCAACAGGAGUUAAAAGUAAUAAACAAAACUCUGGGAAGUG